GAUCGCCAGAAAUGAGAUGAACGAGUUGUACCGCGUCUGGCGUACACUCGACCUCGAUUCACCACUCUUCGCGAAAAACUUGGAGCGACGUCUCCAUAUCUAUUUCGAAUCGACAACCGAGUACAUAACUGAUACACUGGAGCACCUAAUACUGUUCUUUCUCGUUUAUUUCGCGACAUGCGUGCUCCUGUACGUGUUCAUUGUGGCGUGGAAGACGUUUCCCUACACGAAAAGCAUCAACUGCAAACGAGUCCUGUUCAUCACCAGUCAUCCGGAUGAUGAGGUCAUGUUCUUUGGACCCACCAUUUUGCAUCUCAUGAAACAGCCCGACGUGCAAGUCUAUCUCAUUUGCCUCAGCACAGGCAAAAACUAUGGAAUGGGAACGGUGCGUAAAAACGAAUUGUACAAGAGUUGCGAAAUUUUAGGCAUAAAAGAGGAGAAUGUGACUAUAUUAACCCACACAAAUUUGCCAGAUAAAAUAGACCAUUCUUGGCCCACAGAUGUGGUCUCUAAAUUGGUAUUGAGACAUGUUGAACAAUUUGACAUUGAUGUUGUCAUCACUUUUGACAGAUAUGGCAUCAGCAAACAUCCAAAUCACUGCAGCAUUUACUUUAGUGUUGCUGAUUUGAUUAUGGAACAAAAAAUGCCUAAAACUUGUUCUGUCUAUGUGCUUGAAACUGUUGAUGUUUUGAGGAAGUACUGGCUCAUUUUUGAUUUACCUCUAACUUAUUUAAUGUCCAGGAUCAGGUAUGUGGUGGAUUGUAAAGACAGAAGAUUAAUACAUAAAGCAAUGUGGCAACACAAGUCACAAUUGGUUUGGUACAGAUUGUUGUACAUGUUCUUUUCAAGAUACAUGCUGAUAAAUUCUUUACAAAAAAUGGAUUUAGCAGAUGUCGAGUUGGAUUUAGUGUUGGAUGAUUAAAUGACUUUAUAUAUAUAGAUAAUUUUUGUAAAUAGUGUAAAGUUUCAAGAACUGAAAACUAAUUUAAAAAUAUUAAAUUGAUUGAUUAAUUUCAGUGCAAUAAAUAUGUUAUUGUUGAGUUUAAAUAAUAGAUAUAUCAAGCUUGUUAUUUGUUAGUACAACAUGUUCGAUGACUUUAUUGUUUCUAGUUCUUAGAAAUAAUAGUUUUUAUAGAACAAAAUACGUUUUUCAGAGUACAAUUCAAUUUUAGUGCAGCUAUUCUAAAAUUACGUUUUUGUUUAGAGAGUUUGAUAUAUAAGAGAGUCUACCUCCAAUUUCAUCUUCACAAAAUUAAUUUGUGCCAAAGUCUUGUUAAGUUCAACCAUUUAGUUCAUAAGUACAUUGUAAAAAAUCAUGUUUUGUAUGUUUUUAUUGAUUAAAAAACAACUUUAAACACUUUA